UAAGGUUUUUCCCUUUAUAUAAUCUCUAGUUUAAUUUAAUUAAUUUGAAUUAUUCAACAAUGAAAUGAAAUGUGAAGACUGAAUCAUCCCUUUGGUUACAGAGAGGAUUUGAAUUGACGGUGCCGCAAUUGAAGAAUUUGAAACGCGAUUCCUCCAAUCUUUAAUGGCUUCUUCGCACGGAUGCUGCCCUCACCAUCACCGCAAUCACUGCCCACACUGUCCCCUCCGCCGUCAUUGUCACCACUGCCCCCUCCACUUCUCCCCUUCUCUCAUUCCUCAAACUCAAACUCAAUCUCAUAAUCAAAAUCAAAACCAACCACAACAUGCUCAAAUUUCACAAGAGCUGGAGCAUAUUGUGCUAGAUGGCGAUGAAGAGGAUGAUGAACCAGUUUUCGUUCUAACCGAUGAAUGGAGAGAGUUCUUUGCGAAAUCUGAAGCUAAAAGGAAACUAGAGAAGCAGGCCAAGAAGGGGAAAAAGUAAAAACAGAAAGGAAUGUAUGUUAAGAUAUUUUAUUUGGGUGAUCAAGAGGUUGUUCAAGACGACGAUCGUGCUUUCUAGAAUGUUAAGUUUUCCAAGCUUGAUGUGGUUUGCUUUGUAUCUCAACAAGGAAUCUUGUUGCACUUUUUUAAAAGGAUGGUGAAUUACUUACCAAUAUCUGUAAUUUUGUAGUUCACCUUUUGUUUAUAAAAUUGUAUUAUGUUAUCAAUUUUAUAGACUAACGACUUUUUAAAGUAAUUAUCCUUGUGUUUUCUGGUAAAGAGUUACUAGAGAAAAGAAAAGGCUGAAUAAAAUAGCACUUGCAAAGUGUA